AUGGCGCAGAAUGGCAGCGUCUAUUCCGCCGGCCAGUUCAUGAACCCUGGACCGGCCCCCAAACCACCAUCUGACGGCAGACCUCGACUCGCCUUGACGCCGAGCGCCAACUUGCCCGGCAACAUGGCCAACAUGGCCAUCUCCCCUAUUCGAAGCACCGCCACGUCGACCUACACCGGCUCCACCAUCUCCUUGCCCAUUGCCCGUCAGCAGUCAAACAACACGACCGGCAUGGGAGGGGUUGCUAUCAAGAAGGAGGGUUGGGCGUCAGUCAAGGAGAGCAGGAACUUCAUCCAGUAUUGGAAACAGAAGUACCUCAUUCUUCGGAAAGAGUCGCUCGACUUCCACAAGAGCGAAGGCGGCAAAGUCUCCUACACGCUUUACUUGAAGGAUGUUGUAAACGUCGGCAGAGUCGAGGCUGCUGGCACCAUUUUCGAAAUCAAGAGAAGGCCUGAUGGCUCCUCGACGAGCCCUGGAGACGACGACGGUCAGACCAAAACACUGCAGAUUAGGGUCAAAGGAGACGAUGAUCUCUACGAGUGGAUUGACUUGAUUUACGGCGCAUGCCCGGGCAUGGGAGGUGUCAGCAACCCGACCAACUUUUCCCACGCGGUCCAUGUUGGAUUCGACCCUCAAACCGGGCAAUUCGUCGGCUUGCCACCCGAAUGGUCCAAGCUGCUCAACUCGUCGGCCAUCACAAAGGAAGACUAUGAGCGCAAUCCACAAGCCGUGUUUGAAGUCUUGGACUUUUACACCGACCUGGCCAAGAGGGCGGAGAAUCCAAACCAUUACCCGAGCGCAACGCCCACCCCCCCUGGGGGGAUGCAGAACAAGCAGCCCAGCGGCGGGAGCUCCAUCGCUCCUCCUCGUCCAGCUCCUCCGACGCCGACUCAGAUGAAUUUCAGUUCCACACCUCCUCAGUCGAGCGGUGGCCCGCAGAGACGACCGACAGUCGGGGAGCAGCAGCAGCAGCAGCAGCAGCAGCAGCAGCAGCAACGUCGGCAGGUCCAAAACAUGUCCCCAAAAUAUGCGUCACAUGAAGCUUCUAGAGAAGAUCAACGAAAGAAGCAGCUCGAUUCGCACCGGCAGCGUGAAGCGGAGCAACGAGAGCGACGAGAACUGGAGGCUUACAACGCAUCGCUACCCAAGACCAAAGUGCCCAUGGCUCAGCAGGAAAUCGGCGGUUACGGCAACUCAUCCACCUCCACCUCUGCACCGCCGGGCAGUGAUCGCUUCAACCCAAACAGAGCUGCGCCCCCCGCGCCGAAGCCGCCCGCCAGCCCGGCCGGCAAUAUGCGCGCUCAGCGGCCAGCCCCCCCCGCUCCUUCGUCCAGCUCUUCCUCCCGCACUGCUCAAGCAUCCCAGCCGAGCUCUGGUGCAUACCGAGAUCCAUCUUCUCAAGGGCCCCGAAUGCCACGAAACGAUGCCUCGCAAGCGUCAAGAAGCCCCAACGGAACGCAGGCUUCUCAGCCGAGACAACCGCAAGCUGCACAAGGUUCCUCACGUUUGCCGGCGCCCGUCAAGCCUCUCAACGUUGCCCCCAAGCCCAGCCAAACUCACCAAGCCGAUGGCGCAAAGACGGCGGAAGGUGCACCUGCUACGAAGCCGUCGGCGUCGGAACGCAAGCAGGAUGUGCGCAUGUCGACAAUGUCUGAAAACGAAGUCAUGGCAAAGCUCAAGGAGGCCGUCUCAAGAGAUGAUCCGAACCUGUCCUACUCCAAGCAGAAGAAGAUCGGUCAAGGUGCCUCUGGCUCUGUUUAUGUGGCCAAAAUCAAGGAGACUGCCCAGGGCAUCGCUCGAGAAAUCCUUCGACAGCAGGGGGCCAGGGCACAGGUGGCCAUCAAGCAGAUGGAUUUGGCUCACCAACCGAGGAAAGAACUCAUUGUGAAUGAGAUUAUGGUGAUGAAGGACAGCAAGCACAGGAAUAUUGUCAAUUUUGUCGACGCCUUUUUGCGCAACAACAACCAGGAACUCUGGGUGGUGAUGGAGUACAUGGAAGGCGGAGCCCUUACUGAUGUGAUUGACAACAACCCGUCUAUAUCUGAAGAGCAGAUAUCGACCAUUUGCAACGAGACGUGCCGCGGUCUACAUCAUCUGCAUUCGCAGAGCAUCAUCCAUCGAGAUAUCAAGAGUGACAAUGUCCUGCUUGACGCUCGGGGCAACGUGAAGAUUACCGAUUUUGGGUUCUGCGCCAAACUCACCGAGACCAAGUCGAAGCGCGCGACCAUGGUGGGAACGCCGUACUGGAUGGCGCCGGAAGUUGUCAAGCAGAAGGAGUACGGACCCAAGGUCGACGUGUGGUCCCUGGGCAUCAUGGCCAUCGAGAUGAUUGAAUCGGAACCGCCAUACCUGAACGAGGAGCCGCUGAAAGCACUGUAUCUGAUUGCUACAAACGGCACCCCUCGGCUGAAGAAGCCCGAGAAGCUGAGCAAAGAGCUGAAGGCCUUCCUGUCGGUCUGCCUCUGCGUCGACGUCAAAAGCCGUGCGUCGGCUGACGAGCUGCUGGCCCACGACUUUUUGCAGCACGGCUGUUCACUCGGCAGCCUGGCGGAGCUAUUGGCAUUCAAGAAGCACGCCAAAUAA